AUGUCUAACCACUCAUUUCCCCCGUCAAACUUGCAACUUCAAAGUCCACUAUUCGGCAUCUUACCAGGAGAAAUCCGGAAUCAAAUCUUCCAACUAGCACUCAUGCAAAGUGAAGAUGAAGCAGCAGCAUACCCGGAAGAUUCAUACUGGUACAGACCCGGCUUCUCCGCGCCUCACAAAAGUAGUAGUUCGCUGCUGCGAACCUGUCGCUUAGCCUACACCGAGGGUCAGCAAGUAUUUCUCCCAGAUCGAGGUCCAGAAGGUCGCUCCACCAGCUCAGCCUGCCAGGCUUUCUUCGAGAAACUCACCCCGCAAGCAGCGCACGCCCUCCAGAAAGUACGUUUCUUCACGCAAAUGUACUGGCUCGAGAGCGGAAACGGUCUUUUCUACCUAUUCUCUAUACCCAAGUUCCGCCCCACCGAACUCACCAUCACAAUUCGGUACUCGGACUGGUGGUACUGGGAAAGCAACACGCCGUUAAGAAUGGAUGAAGCUUGGUUACGCUUCUUCAAAGGAAGUCCUGGCUUGCGCGUACUCAAGGUGGAGUAUGAGACUCUGAGCUCGAAGCAAGCAGAAAUGAUGCACAUCGUCACUCGGAAUAAGAGCUGGAAGUUGCCGGUGAGACGAGAAGGGGGUGCUUUUCAGGGAAACGAAGUCGAGGGAUACCUCAGCGCCGAGGGCACUGUUUUGAAACAGUCCAAAUGGAAGGGCACGAGCAAGCUGGGUGGACAAGAAUGGGCGCAUCAUGGAUCCGGAGAGGAAGUCGAGUAUGUGGUCGUGACGGAUACUUGGAGGUUCGUGGAUGGUAAGUUGAGUGAUGGGGAGAUGGAGGGUCGGAGUCGUAAUAUGCAGACCGUGAGGGGUGUAAAUACGCCUGGGCCGGUGCAACAAAGGCUCUCGGAACACCUUCGUAGGCGAAUGGCUAGGUCGGCGCUCUCCGGGGAUGGUCAGCCAAGAGAUAUUGUGUAG